UAUUUAUAAAAUUACCAACAUGUUGCGCGUUGAGCUUUCAGAUUAAUAUUUUCUUGCUAGUGGGUAAUCGACGGUGCUUUUUGUUGUUUAAAACCAGAGAGUGAGUAAUAGCGUCAAAACAAUAAAAAUUAAACUUUCCUGAUAAGAUUUAAUCAGUUUAAGUAAAUUUAACACCCACUUCGUUCGGGUGUCAGUGCACGUCCGUCCGUCUCUUGUGCUUUUUGUUAAUAUUUUAAGUGCCAUUUGAUCUAUAGUCAAGAAAAUCAAAAAAGAUGAAUGUUUCCGAAGGAUUUGCCAGGAUUUUGGUGUUUGUGGCCAAUUUCGCGUUUUUGCUUGUUGGUUUGGCCCUCCUAGUAAUUGGAAUUCUCUACAAAGUAAAUUUCACAAAAUACACCGACACCAUCCCUGCAGAUUACGACGCCCUACAAUACAUUCCGACUAUAGCCAUUAUAGUGGGAGCCAUUAUAUUUUUCAUCGCAUUUUUGGGAUGCUGCGGCACGUUAAAAAGCGACACCUGUAUGCUUAGUUGGUAUGGUGCAAUUUUGAUUAUCAUCUUCGUCGCUCAAAUAGCCUUAGGAAUCUUCGCUUUGAUCAAAAUCAAAGAUAGGAGCGAUUUGGAAUCGAAAAUUCAGCAACAAUUGUCGGUACUGUUUGGCAAACAUAGCCAAAAAGAAACUAUGGAAGUGAUUGAUCUUAUUCAAACUAACUUUCAUUGUUGUGGUACUACUGGACCAGCUUAUUGGACUGGCCAAAGUAUGGAUCCUCCAAAAAGUUGUUACGAUUCGUCCACCCAAGUCGUUUAUCCCAAAGGAUGUAGCAACGUUUUUCCAGAAUUCAUUUCUGGUUCUGUCAAGUUGAUUGGAGUCGUUGCUUUGGUGGUUUCCCUGGUUGAGGUUUGUGGAGCAAUCCUAGCCCUUUGCUUAGCAGGAUGUAUCAGGGAUAAACGUAGAGAAGGUGCAUAUUAUUAAGCCGUCGAUUGAGGAAAAUGUUGUGCCUAUAUUUAUUUAUUGUUUUAUUAAUUUUUGUUAUGAAUAAUAAGUAAAUGCAAAAGAAGGAAACUUGAAUGUAUAUAUAAGUUUUGUCGACCAAAUACUAUGUUAAGCAAUAGUAGAUAAAAAUAAAAUUUUUGAAAACUGAGUAACCAAAUGCGUUUCACUUUAGUUCACUACCAAAGGAUAUUUG